UUCUAAAAAAAUUGUGAAUAAGAAUAAAAACAGAAUUAUAUUAAAGUACAAACACGCAAUUUAUUUUACAAGCUUUGUACAUCGUCAAAUUUCAAAUGUUACAUAUUAAUGUCCACAAUGUCUAGUAACUUUAGCAGUUGAAGGGUACCAUUUUUAAAUUCGAAGCUAACGCGUGUAUCAUGUAUUUACUACAGUCUUUUGAGGUUAUAUUCAUAAUUUGACAAUUAGUUAAAUGUAUUACUAAUUUAUAAUAAAUAUGACAUCCUAUACAUCAUGCGCUUGUAAUCGGGUUCCACAUUCAGCAGACUGGGGAAGAAAUGGACUUAUUUGUUUCGCUUCGUGUCAUGCCAUUGUAAUUUACGAUCCAUUCAUCUCAAAAAUAGGAAAAGUAACACACACUCUUCAUCAACAUAAAGGACGUAUUAAUACUGCACGGUGGAUUAAAAACAAAAGUACAGAGACGGAAUGGGAACUACUGUCAAGUUCAGUAGAUGGAACUGCAAUUAUUUGGAGCAAAGUAAAUGAAUACUUCCAAUGUACUUAUAUCAUUGAAGUUGGUGACAUACUCACAUUUAGUAAUUCUUUAUACCUUUAUAAUCAUGAUUCUCAAAAUAACAAAACAUUUCCUAAAUUGCUCAUAUGUACUGGUUCAGUCAAAGAAGAUUUAAAAUUAUGGUUGAGAGAUACCUCUAACAAUAUAAAAUGUCUUCAAACAGUUACAUUUGGAAAGAAAUUACCAAUAGAAGCUUGCUUUUCUUAUUUACCAAGUACAAAUUUACCACUUUUGGCUGUUGCAACAGAAAUCUCAACAAUUGAAUUAUACGUGACAAAUUCUCACAUUAUAGAGGAAUCAAAUUUUCUAAAAGUGCAAGUCUUAGUUGGACACGAAGAUUGGAUACGUUGCAUGGAUUUUAAUCAUGUUAUAGACAAUAGCAUUUUGCUAGCCAGUGGUUCUCAAGAUGCUAUGAUACGAUUAUGGAAAAUUUCUACUAAUAUCAUGGAAUCCUCAAAUGAUAACUUACGUCAGAAGGAACAACUAUUUAUAGCUAAUAAUAUUAAAUAUAAUAUUACUUUGGAGUCUGUCCUUUAUGGACAUGAAGGCUGGAUUUAUGGUGUACAGUGGUAUCCACAACAUGUGAAUGAUAAAAAUAGAAUUUUAAGAUUGUUAUCUUGCUCAUUAGAUAAGUCUAUGAUUAUCUGGGAACCAGAUGAAAUAAGUGGUAUAUGGUCUGAGAAAGUAAGAGUGGGUGAAGUUGGUGGUAAUUCGUUAGGUUUUUAUGGCUGUAAAUUUAGUAGCAAUGGAUUGAAUAUAUUAGCACAUGGGUAUCAAGGAACGUUUCAUAUUUGGGAAUAUUCGGAUAAAAUAAAAAAUUGGAUUCCAAAACCCAUACCAAGUGGUCAUUUUGCUGAAGUAGUUGAUCUUUGCUGGGAUCCAAAAGGAAGGUUUCUUAUUACAGCAAGUGUAGAUCAAACAACAAGAAUUCAUGCGCCAUGGAAAAAUAAAGGAACAGAAUUCUGGCAUGAAAUUGGACGGCCUCAAAUUCAUGGAUACGAUAUGUCUUGUUUAGUUAUGUUAACUCCUUACAUGUUUGCUUCAGGAGCAGAAGAAAAAGUUAUACGAAUUUUCAUAGCUCCAACAACAUUUAAGAAUUCUUUAAUGAAAAUUACCAAUGUGGAUGAUUUCAAAAACAUGGUAGCUGAUAGUGCAUCAGUACCAGCUCUUGGAUUAACAAAUAAAGCAACAUUUGCUGAUAACAUUAACAGGGAAGUAAUGGAAAUAAAUAAUCUUAAAGAUAAGAAUUAUAUUCCUCCAACGGAAGAAGAGUUAAUGCAACAUACACUAUGGCCAGAAUUACAAAAACUUUAUGGCCACGGAUAUGAAAUAUUUUCCAUAGCUGCUAGACAUGAUGGAAAAGUAUUGGCAACUGCAUGUAAAUCAACUUCACCAGAACAUUCUGCGAUACUCUUAUGGAAUACAAAUUCAUGGACACAAAUUCAAAAACUUGUCUCUCACCAAUUAACUGUUACCCAAAUGGAAUUUUCACCUAAUGAUAGAUAUUUAGUAUCUGUAUCUAGAGAUAGAAGAUGGUCAUUAUUUGAAUAUAAUGAUAAUACAUAUAAUUUGAUUGCAGCUAGUUCAAAAAAAGAUAGUCUUCACACUCGUAUAAUAUGGUGUUGUUCAUGGACACAUGAUUCAUCCUUUUUUGCAACUGGUUCCAGAGAUGGAAAGAUUGGAAUUUGGAGUCCAACAAUUACAAAUAAUAAAAUUGUUCCAGUUACAAGUUUAGAUAUGAAAGAUUCUGUUACAGCACUUUCAUUUUCUGUUCGAAGUAUUGCUGAAUAUUCUUACAUUUUAGCAAUAGGAUGUGAAACAGGUUGCAUAGAAAUUCAGAAAUUGAAAGUUUUGGACAAUAACAUUGCAUGGGAGAAAUAUAUUGUAUAUAAUACUUCUGACGCGCAUCAUCUAACUGUGAAAAGACUUAAAUUUCGACCACAGGAAGAAGAUUCUAACACAUUACAGCUGGCAAGCUGUGGAUCUGAUCACGCUGUUAAAAUAUAUGAUAUAGAUGUCAAGAAAUUGAAUGACUUGUAAAAUAUUUAUAUUUUUGUAUAAUAAAAUA